UCCUGACAAACAUAUAACAGAAACCGCUCCUGCUGCUGUUGAGCCCAUUGUUGCUGAUGAUGGUUGCCAUGGAAAUGCCUUGUGCUCUCUGUCAGACUCUGGAUAAAUUUCCGCAACGAGCUGUUUAGAUAAAAAUAAUUAGCACAGGUGCUGAAUUCCAGUGUUUUACUUCUUCAUCAUAAGGACUACAGACUGAACUCUCUCAAAGGAGUUUUAUCUGUGGUGUUGCUGUCUGAAUACGGUGAAGCACGGCUAUUAUGCGCCAGCUUGAAAGGACAAAAUUCAGCUUCCUGUUCUGCCUGGGGAUGAGUGUUAUUAUUUCUUCAGUCAUUUACUUGAAGACCAGGAUACCAACAGAGCCCAAGCCCAUAGAGCCUCAAAACUGCAAGCCCUUUGCCACCGAAUGUAAAGCUUUUCUGCCCGGCAUGGAAGAGGGAGUAGAGUGGUACCACCGAGACUGCCAGGUAGAACGCUAUAUUCAUAAUAGUCGCCUGCAGUGUUCCAAUCUGACCAGAGAGCUACACUUCAUCACAAGACCUCUGAGCCGUGAGGAGGAGGACUACCCUUUAGCAUUCAUUCUGACUGUUCACAAGGAGCUGGAGCUUUUUGUGCGCCUGUUGCGGGCCAUUUACAUGCCACAAAAUGUCUAUUGCAUUCAUGUGGAUGCUAAAGCUCCAUUGGAGUACAAGGCGGCCGUGAGGAAGCUCGUCAGCUGCUUUAAAAACACCUUCCUCUCCAGCCGCAGCGAGACAGUGACCUAUGCUGGGUUUUCCCGCCUGCAAGCCGAUUUGAACUGCAUGAAGGAUCUUGCAAAGUCCAACAUAGGCUGGAGGAAAGUGGUGAAUCUGUGUGGACAGGAUUUUCCCGUCAAGAGCAACCUGGAACUGGUGCAGUACAUGCAGGGUAAAGAAUGGAGGGACAGAAACAUGACGCCUGGGGUCAAGCAGCCGGAGUCUAUGAGGCACAGGACACAGCUCCAGCACACUGAGAUCAGAGGGUCACAUGUGGCUCUGAAAGGGGCGGGACUAAAAAAAAGUCCUCCGCCACACAAUCUGCAAGUUUAUUUUGGAACAGCCUACUAUGCUCUCACAAGGGCUUUUGUAGAUUUUGUUCUGAAAAGCUCAAUAGCUCACGACCUCUUAGAGUGGUCCAAAGACACAUUCAGCCCGGACGAGCACUACUGGGUGACACUCAACCACAUCAAAGAAGCUCCAGGCAGCGACAUAGAUGGAGGCUGGGCAGGAGACAUCCGGGCAAUCAAGUGGAGGGAUCAAGAAGGAGGAACACACAAUGGCUGCAAAGGGUAUUACAUCAGAGAUAUCUGCAUCUAUGGACUGGAAGACCUGCCAUGGAUCAUCAACAGGAACAGCAUGUUUGCCAAUAAGUUUGAGGGUAAUUCCUUUCCAGAGGCACUGGAUUGCUUGGAGCAGUGGCACAGGAACAAGGUGUUGAGCCAGGCAACUGUUCCCAUAGAGCCAUCGUGGCUGCUGGCCAUACAGAGCAACUCAAGCAGCAGCUACUUCAACAGCAGUGCUGGAGCAUGAAAUCGCCGCUGGUACCACCAACAGAAGUCGGGCUACAUGCAGUGCAGUUUAUUUGCACUCGUUCAUUGGCUGCGAAUCUUAAAAACGUGAGCAGGAAAAACUGAACGGCAAACAGCAGGAUGGUGCACAGUGCACCUCCAGGCUCUGCAGCACGCCCACUGUUCACAGAUGAAUUUGCCUAUUUAUGAAACUGUAAGAUGGCUGUUCUUUUUGACAAUCAGAAGACAGAAUAUAUGUCAGAUGACUAAACUAUCUUUACAGUAAAGCAAUGCAGUUAAAGGAAAAGUACAAUGUAUCCAAGAUAAAAAAAAAGCAAAUAUCAAUUACUAUUUCUGACAACUACAAUUCAUAAAGUAUUAAAUGAACUGCUGAUCAUACAUUAAAUGUUUAAUAUUGUUCAGUGUGUGGUCCAGUUAAGAUAAUAUUGUUUGAUCUUUUUUUUUCUUAAUGAAGUAAGUAACCUUUUCCCUU